AUGUACUUCUCGCUGUACGCUCUCGAGACGCCAAAGCCACAGGACGACAUCCAGUGGCUUACGUACUGGGUGGUGUUUGGCUUCUUCAACUUUGUUGAGACAUUCGUGAACUUUGUCCUGUACUGGUUCCCCUUCUACUACACGUUCAAGACGCUUGCGAUUGUCUGGCUUAUGCUCCCUCAGACGCAGGGUGCCAAGCUGGUGUACCACCGCAUUCUGCGCCCGGCAUUCCUGUCGAUCACAGGCUCGACUCCAUCGACGCGUGCUCCGGCGACUGCCGCCGACACAAGCAAGACGGGCUUUGCUGCCUCGUCGACGGGCGGUCUUCACACUGAGUAA